CGCACUCACGAAACCACUUCACCAACUCCAACCCUCCCAAACCCCAAAACCAAGUUGGUGAAAACCGCUUUUCAACCCUUCCAAAACCGCCUUUCACCAACCCAUAAACCGCUUUCCACCGCAUUCACCUAUAUAAACCAUACACCCUCCCUCCGACCCAUUUCAAACCCGUUACGAACCCAACCCCUCCAAUAUACCAUGUCGUCCGAAACGCACCCCGAACCGGCCGAAACGCCACCGACUCCCGCGAAUUUCUGGGGCGACAUGCCAGAAGACGAGUACUACAAAUCCCAAGGCGUCAAGAACACCAAAUCCUACUUCGAAACCCCAAACGGCAAGCUCUUCACGCAGGAAUUCUUACCAUUGGAUCUUCCCAUCAAGGGCACCGUCUACAUGACCCAUGGCUACGGAUCCGACACGGGCUGGCUCUUCCAGAAGAUCUGUAUCUCCUUCUGCAAUUGGGGCUACGCCGUCUACGGCGCAGAUAUGCUGGGACAUGGCAGAUCGGACGGCAUCCGUUGCUAUCUCGGCGAUAUGGAGAAGGUCGCCGCCACGUCACUGUCCUUCUUCCGCAGCGUUCGCACCAGCGAACGUUUCCGCGACCUCCCGGCCUUCCUGUUCGGAGAGUCCAUGGGCGGCGCGGCCUCGAUGCUCAUGUACUUCCAGUCGGAUCCCGACACGUGGACGGGUCUGAUCUUCUCGGCCCCGCUCUUCGUCAUGCCCGACAACAUGAAGCCGUCCAAGGUCAGGCUCUUCGUGUACGGGCUCCUCUUCGGGAUGGCCGACACGUGGCAAGCGAUGCCGGAUAACAAGAUGGUGGGGAAGGCGAUCAAAGAUCCCGAGAAAUUGAAGAUUAUCGCCGGUAAUCCGAGGCGUUAUACAGGGAAGCCGCGUGUAGGUACGAUGCGGGAGCUGGCGCGCGUGUGCGAGUACAUCCAGGCUAACUUCUCACGUGUGACGGCGCCGUUCCUGACUGUCCACGGGACGGCUGACGGCGUAACGGCUCCGUCAUCCUCAACACUGCUGUACGAGCAGGCCUCGAGCGAGGAUAAAACGAUUAAGCUGUACGAGGGCAUGUAUCAUUCGUUAAUCCAGGGCGAGCCCGACGAGAACAGCGAGCGAGUCUUGGCUGAUAUGCGGGAGUGGAUUGAUGAGCGGGUGAGGAGGUAUGGGUCCACGUCAGAUUCCCGUGGGAGUUUGAAUUAGUAAAAUGAUAUUAUUAUUAUUAUAAGGAAGUGUUGAUAUGCUUUCUAUAAUAUUUGUGAUUUUAUCAAGUGUUACUUUGAUUUUAA